AUGGCCAACCUGAGCAGCCAAGCGACUCUUGGCCUUCUCGAGUUGGCUGACUUUCUGCAACAUCAACUCGAUCUCUUCCUCGUAUCUGUAUUUAGUGCAUUUGCUGGGAACUGUUCUUGGGAUAGAUGCAAUCCUUGGUCAAAAGACAAAAACGUGAUCAAUGUGCAUUUGAUUCCGCACACUCAUGAUGAUCUCGGAUGGAUUAAAACUGUCGAUGAAUAUUACUAUGGAGCAAAACCCGGUUUGGUGCCAGUUGGUGUCCAGUACAUCUACAACACAGUGAUUGACGAGCUAGAAAAGCAUCCGGACCGAAAGUUUUCAUUUGCUGAAACGGGCUUUCUUCAUCGAUGGACCUCAUCCCACAGCGACUAUGAGAAGCAUCGCUUACAAAAGUUGAUCAAAACUGGCCAAAUCGAGAUGAUCGGUGGUGGAUGGGUACAAAAUGAUGAGGCCGCUUCUCACUACAUCGACAUCAUUGAUCAAAUGACUCUAGGCUUGGAAAAACUCGAGCGAUUCUAUGGAGAUUGUGGUAAACCGACGGUUGGCUGGCAGAUCGAUCCGUUUGGGCACAGCAAAGAGAUGGCAAAUCUCUAUGCAAUGAUGGGCUACACAUCAGUUUUCUUUGCUCGUAUGCACUAUUUGGAGAAAGAUCGUCGACUUCAAAAUAAAAGCCUUGAGUUUGUCUGGAGUGGAUCAGAAGACUUAAAAACCCAACUUCUCACCGGUGCUUUUUUCCAAGAUAACUAUGGCCCACCACCAGGUUUCUGUUGGGACGCGCUUUGCGGUGAUGAUCCGAUCAUGGACAAUCCUGAGUUAAUGGGCUAUAAUGUUGAUAAGAAAGUGGAUGAUUUUGUUAAAUAUGUAAAAAAUCAGACAACUUUUCAACGACACAAUCAUGUAAUGUUAUUGAUGGGCAGUGAUUUUCAAUACACAAAUGCUAAUCCAUGGUAUGAGAAUAUGGACAAGUUAAUCAAAUUUGUCAAUGCGAAUAAAAAAUUAAAUAUCAAUGUUUUCUAUUCAACUCCAUCUUGUUAUGUGAGUGCAGUCACUGAAGCUGCUCCUCAUUUGGAUAACAAGAAUGACGAUUUCUUUCCAUAUGCUUCGAGUGCUCACAGCUUUUGGACGGGAUAUUUCACUAGUAAACCGGCGUUCAAAAGAAUGAUUCGACAAGCCAGUCAAUACCUUCAAUUAGCUAAACAACUUGAUGCUAAUUUCUUCUUGGGACCAAUGGAUGACAGCGAUGUGGAAGUGAUGAAGAAAGCAUCGGCUUUAAAUCAACAUCAUGAUGCUGUCACUGGAACAGCUCGAGAAAACGUCACAAAGGAUUACGAGUACCAAUUGCAUCGAGGAGCUCUAGAACUUGAGACAAUCAUCAAUGAUGCUUUGAACAAAAUCCCGAAAACCAAAGCCAAACUUCCAUUUCAUAAGAUGUGCCUUUUAAUGAACGAAACCGUUUGCGAGGAGACAAAACAAGCUUCUUUUGCUGUCACGAUUUUCAAUCCACUUGGGCAAACUGUGGAUAAAAUUGUGCGAAUUCCGUAUCAUCAAAGUGGAGCCACGGUGACAGAUGAUAAGGGAAAUGCGAUCAAAGUUCAGAUCUCAAAGACUUUCCAAGUGCCGACAAUCUCUUCAACAGAAACUGCUCCUUUUGAAUUGGCCAUUCCAGUCACAUUGGAUCCAUUAGGAUUUAGAACAUAUUUUGUGCAACAAUCAGCUCUUCGGCUUUUCACUCCUCGGAUGGCAAUUUACCCAAAAGCUAAUGACAAAGUUUUUAUCGAGAACGAGGUCCUUCGACUCGAUUUCAACGAUAAUGGAUCCUUAGAAUCUGUCUUUGACAAAACGACAAACACCAGCAAAGCUCUACAUCAAGAAUUCUACUUCUAUGAGGGUGUCACUAAAUGGAACGACACUCAGCCCACUGGAGCCUACAUCUUCCGACCAUUACAUCAAAAUGCUUCAGCAAUCGGUGCCACUUGUAAACUAGAAGUUGUAAAGGGAUUAUUGGUUCAAGAACUUCAUCGUCGUUGUUACACUGAUGAUCAUUGGGGUGUAGAUGAGGCUUUGAAUGAGCCAGGAAAAGAUGGAAAGGGUUUAGUGAUUAGAGGAUCUCAUUGGUUGCUUUUGACUGCUAGUAAGGAUGCUGCAAUGGUUCAUCGGCCUUUAGCUGUUCAAAAAUUCAAUGAACCGAUUCUCGCUUUUGCAUCUGUUACAAAUGCAAGCGAUUAUCGAGAAAAUUUACCCACUAGAUUCGCUGGAUUGACUCGUAGCCUUCCAUCUUCUGUAAAUUUGUUGACAUUAGAGAAGAAGGGAUCGACAAAUCUUUUGUUAAGACUUGAACAUAUCUUUCAAGGAGAUGAAAGUUCAACUGUUUCACGACCAAUGGAUAUUGAUUUAACGGGACUAUUCAAUAACUUUGAUAUCAUUGCGGCAAAAGAGUUGACUCUAGCGGGAAAUCGAAACGUCACUGGGACACAGAUAAUGCGAGGAAAUGAUCUAACUGUUCGUCUCAGCCCUCAAGAAAUCAAAACUUUCGAGUUGCUGGUGAAGGAAAAGUUG